GUUGACAAACAGUAGUUACACCACUUAUUCAUUCGUGCUAGCCGAGGGACCGUCAUGAUUUGGACAAUCAUUCUGCUACUCAACGGGAUACUGUUCUUUUAUUUCCUCUCUAAUAGGACGCGGUCCAAGAGAGAACCACCUUUGGACAAAGGAGUUAUCCCAUGGUUGGGGCAUGCGCUGGAUUUUGGAAAGGAUGCUGCGAAAUUUUUAACAAGAAUGAAACAGAAACAUGGAGACAUAUUUACGGUUCGUGUGGCUGGACGUUAUGUUACCGUUUUACUGGAUCCCAAUUCCUAUGAUGCUGUAUUUCAGGACACAGCAUCUCUAGACUUUUCACGAUAUGCUCAGGUGCUGAUGGACCGGAUUUUUAAUUUGAAGCUUCCAAGUUACAAACCUGACACAGAGAAGGCUAUAAUGAGAAGACAUUUCCAGGGCGAGAGCCUGUUAUGCUUGAACCACGUCAUGGAGAAGCACCUGCGAACACUGCUAACACUGGAGACAGAGGACCUAAACCAGUCUGACUGGAAACAAGACGGGCUCUUCCACUUCUGCUACAGCAUGAUGUUUAGGGCUGGAUAUCUCACACUCUUUGGUGGAGAAAAGAACAACAAUUGCGCUGAUGCCGCCAACGUUUAUUCGGAGUACCACAAAUUUGAUGGCCUCUUGAUGAAGAUGGCUCGCAGCACUCUAAAGUCUGGGGAGAAGCAGACCACAGGCUUGGCGAAGCAGAGGUUGUGGGAGUUACUGGCACAGGCUGGAUUGAGGCAGGAGUCCAGUUUGUGGCUGCAGAAUUAUAGACAUCACUUGCAGGCAGAGGGCGCUGAUGAGGAGACACAGAGAAAGGCCAUGCUACUACAGCUUUGGGCCACACAGGGUAAUGUGGGCCCUGCUGCAUUCUGGCUCCUGGCCUUCCUGCUGACCCACUCAGAGGCCAUGAGGGCAGUGAGAAAGGAGUUUAAUAGUGUCACAGUGCCUGGAACCAAUACACUCAACCCCCAGGACCAGACACCUGUUUUUGACAGUGUGCUGGAAGAGACUCUCCGCCUGACCGCUGCCCCUUUCAUCACUCGCGAGGUCCUGCAGAACAAGACACUGUGCAUGGCAGAUGGACAAGAAUACGACCUGAGGAAGGGUGACCGUCUCUGUCUGUUCCCUUUCAUAAGUCCACAGAUGGAUCCAGAAAUACAUUUUGAACCCGAGAAAUUCAAGUAUGACAGGUUUCUUAAGGCAGAUGGAACAGUGAAAAAAGACUUCUUUAAAGGUGGGAGGAGACUGAAGUAUUAUACCAUGCCUUGGGGAGCAGGGACUAAUGCGUGUGUGGGAAAGCCAUUUGCCAUCCAGUCCAUCAGACAGUUUGUGUUUCUGGUUCUGUUCCAUCUGGACAUUGAGCUUCAUGACCGUGAAGCUCAGGUGCCUGAAGUGGAUGUCAGUCGCUAUGGUUUUGGAAUGCUACAGCCAAACAAGGAGCUUCAAAUCCAAUACAAACGCAGAGACCAGCCUUUUUUCCAACCCAGAUAA